AUUUUUUCCCCCUAGGGUUUACAGAAUCUCUAACUCCUUCGAUCACAACAAACUUUUUAUACUUUCUCAUUUCUAAAUUUCCGGGGAAAUUUUUUUUAUCGAUUUUCUUUGUGAAAACUCCAAGAAAAUUUUAAUGGUACAGUUCAUGAAAUCGACGAAUAUGAGGCCUGAGCUCGAAUCAACAACAACAACGACGUCUACGACUACAGCGUCGUCGAAGCUUCCGGUGAAGCUAGAGAUCGAGGACUCUCUAGAAGAAGAGCACGGACCUCUCAACAAGCGGUCAAAGCCUUCUCAAUCUUUUCAGGAGCAAUGGAGUUCAGGAACUAAUGCAUACCCUAUUCCUCCUUCACAAUACAACCCACUCGAUGAGCCUAGCCCUCUGGGUUUGCGGCUGAGGAAGAGCCCAUCUCUGUUAGAAUUAAUUCAAAUGAAGCUUUCACAAGGGGGUGCUUCUAGUAACGGAGCUGCUCAGAGUGAAAACUUUAAUGCGGUAGUUAAAAAGGAAAGUAAAGGGGCUGCUUUAUCUAGUGCUACGGACAAGCUAAAGGCUUCAAAUUUCCCAGCUUCACUUCUGAAAAUUGGCGGUUGGGAGUAUAAAUCAAGAUAUGAAGGAGAUUUAGUUGCAAAAUGUUACUUUGCUAAGCAUAAGCUUGUUUGGGAAGUUCUUGAAGGUGGGCUGAAGAGUAAAAUAGAAAUCCAAUGGUCAGAUAUUAUGGCUUUGAAGGCAAAUUGUCCUGAUAAUGGACCUGGUACAUUGAAUGUCGUGCUGGCUAGACAGCCCCUUUUCUUUAGGGAGACCAACCCUCAGCCUAGAAAGCACACCUUAUGGCAGGCUACGGCAGAUUUUACUGAUGGGCAGGCUAGCAUAAACAGGCAACAUUUUCUGCAAUGCCCACAAGGGCUGUUAAAUAAGCAUUUUGAAAAGCUCAUCCAGUGUGACAUGCGCCUUAAUUUCUUAAGCCGACAACCAGAGAUAGUUGUGGAUUCACCAUUCUUUGAACCACGACCUUCUGUAUUUGAGGACCCAGAAGAAUCUAAAGAGCAUAGUUUUGAUCAAAUGGAUAGUGGAGGAUCCAUGUCUGGUUUCCAGGAUGUAGCAUCACCAACUCCAACACAAUCAUCUUCGCUGAAAAUUGAACAUAAACAGGAUUCUUCUGGUUUGGCAUUGGAAAAUCGGUUACGAGAAGCUCCUUCUCCCAGUUCAGUGAUGGACGCUCAUGCAAUUGAAGGUAAUGGAAGUUCUGAAGCUGUUGAUUCUGCGGCCUCAAGAAACUGGGACCAGUUAAAACUGCUGCCUGGGAUCCAUCCAUCCAUGUCAAUGAGUGAUCUAAUGAGCCAUAUUGGACAGUGUCUUUCAGAACAGAUGACUUCUGGAAAUCCACCCGCUACUAAUGAAAGUCCUGAAUACCAAGACAUACUGGAGGACAUUGCUCAGUACCUGCUCAAUGACAAUCAGUCUACUGCAGCUUCUGAUGAGAAAUCCCUCAUGACAAGGGUCAAUUCCUUAUGUUGCCUUCUGCAGAAGGACUCUGCCACAGUUCAGAAUCCACAGGGUAGUGGGGGAAGUUGCGCCAAUGGGCCUGAUGGUGGGACGAGUGUUCAAGUUAAGAACAACCCUGAACAAAUACAUGAUAAUAAAUAUAGAGCUGAUUUGAAGCUUUCUGACCAGGAUACAAGGGAUUUAUCUGGCAGCAAGCAGGUGGCCGGUAUGUCAAGGAAAGACUCGUUUGGGGAACUGCUACUUCAUCUUCCUAGAAUUGCCUCCCUCCCAAAGUUCUUGUUUAACAUUUCUGAAGAGGAUGCGGAGAGCUAAUGUACAUAGUUCUGUUGUUUUACAUUCCAGAAAUUGCAAGAAUCAAUCUAAGAUUGCAAAUUCUCUCUCUAUCUCUCUCUCUUCCUUUCUCUCUGUCUCUCUGUCUCUCUCUCUCUUGUUGAAGAUUUUCUGGCUGUUUAAUAUAAUCUGAUCACUCCAAUGAGGUGAUUGUCCUUUACUUGAACCUCGGGAAGUUUUGGGAUUCAGAAAUUCGUUUUGAUGAAGAAUCCUGCUCAAGUCCCUUGUAAAAAUUACUGUAUUAGGUGUAGCUUCAUAACUGUAUGUUUUCAUGUUCUAUGAACAGCUUGCUACAUCUAUUUGUACAAAUCGUGCAAAGAUCAAUGUAUUUUAAGGUUCUUAUUAA